GGUGUCUCUCCGCACCAGCCCGCGUCCCGCUCGGCCCCGCGCCCCCGCGCUCACAGCCCCGGCGGCGGCACGACGAGUGGCGGCCCGGCGAGCGCGCCGCCCCCUCGGCUCCCUGUCCGGCCCGCCGCCGCGUCCUCUCUGCUCUCGCAGCGCCCGCGCGUCCGCCUGCACCAUGUCGGUGGCCGGGCUCAAGAAGCAAUUCCACAAAGCCACUCAGAAAGUGAGUGAGAAGGUUGGGGGAGCUGAAGGAACCAAGCUAGACGAUGACUUCAAAGAGAUGGAGAGGAAAGUGGAUGUCACCAGCAGAGCUGUGAUUGAAAUAAUGACUAAAACAAUUGAAUACCUUCAACCCAAUCCGGCUUCCAGAGCUAAGCUCAGCAUGAUCAACACCAUGUCAAAAAUCCGCGGCCAGGAGAAGGGGCCGGGCUACCCGCAGGCGGAGGCGCUGCUGGCUGAGGCCAUGCUCAAGUUUGGAAGGGAGCUGGGGGACGACUGCAACUUUGGCCCAGCUCUUGGUGAUGUGGGGGAGGCCAUGCGGGAACUCUCGGAGGUGAAAGACUCUUUGGACAUGGAAGUGAAGCAAAACUUCAUUGACCCUCUUCAGAAUCUUCAUGACAAAGAUCUUAGGGAAAUUCAACAUCAUCUAAAGAAGUUGGAAGGUCGACGCCUGGAUUUUGAUUAUAAGAAGAAACGACAAGGCAAGAUUCCAGAUGAAGAGCUUCGUCAAGCUCUGGAGAAAUUUGAUGAAUCUAAAGAAAUUGCUGAGUCAAGCAUGUUCAAUCUCUUAGAGAUGGAUAUCGAACAAGUGAGCCAGCUCUCUGCGCUCGUGCAAGCCCAGCUGGAGUACCACAAGCAGGCGGUCCAGAUCCUGCAGCAAGUCACUGUCAGGCUGGAAGAAAGAUGGGACACCAGGAUGCUUCUGACGAUAAUGGAUGCGAUUUGCUGAGCAGAUACGGUGUGUGGGUACUGAAUGCAUAUCGUCCUCAAUCUUACGACAUCCCUGUAAACCACAUAGUUUUCGCCCCAGCUCACAGAUGAGCAAACUGAGCCUCAGGAAGGUGAAGUGACUAGCCCAGAGUCACUCAGUGGUGUGACUGGGAUUCACAGCCAAGCAUAACCCAUUUGAAAGCCUGUUUCUUUUCACACGUUGUGUUUCUCUGAACAGUGGGGUAAAGUCCUCCACCCUGAGAGAGAGCUGCUUUCAUGCGCACCUCCUGAGAUGUGCCUUGCCGUGGGGCUGUAGUGGUUUCCUGGCUGAAUGGUGUCCCUGGAGUUGCGGGCACAGCCUGCACAGCUCUCUGCGGUGGCCCUGAAUUAUAAUACGUGUUAUUUUAUUUAGCCAGAUUAAGCAGGGUGAUUUUGAUAAAACAUACAUACCUCAAAGGAUCUACCCAUCUCAGCAGCCUUUAUUCUCAGAUCAUGGCCAGGUUAGAUGCUCACGGCUGAUCGGAUGGCUGCAUUCGUGAUGCAGGCUCCAAUCCUACGAUGCCGCACUGUCGGAAAUGCCACCUGUUCCCAUCGUUUCCGUCUGGCUGGCCUCUUCUUCUCAGUGUCGUCUUUGAUUAGGGCUUCGAUUGAGAUCUUCCGUCAGCACACCCUGUGGAAAUGUGUGUAACACUGAAGCCUCCAGAAAGGUUUUGAAACCAUACACUUCAAAAUACUCAAGAAAUAGUACAUCUUUAUGCAUCUGUUGAGCACAAAGGGUCACUUUCCUUUUUUUUUCCUCUGAAAUAUGUUCAAAGUCAGUAUCAGAAAUUGGAUAAUGAGGCAUCUUUUGACAAGUAUGCUUUCAUUUGUAUAUUAGAGCCAGAUAUUCAACUUCACCUUAGAGUUAUCAGUAGGCAAAGAAACAUCUUUUUGCAGCAAGUGGUUCAGGUCGUAAACGUAAGGGUGUUUCCUGGCCAAACGUGUUAACUUACUAAAAGAAAACUGGCAAUAUAUAUUUUUUUUAAAGUCAGUAUCAUCUUACAAUCACCGUAUCCUAAACCCUUCCCGCUCUUGCAAAUCUAUUGUACGUUGUGCUUAUUGAAUACCUGAAACGGGAACAUAGUUGGGAGUGUGUAGAAUGCAUUUAUUGACCAUACCUUUCCACUUUUCCUCCUGUCUUCCCUCGUUCUUUGCCCCUUGCUCCCUUCUUCCAAUCUCAAACUGCUCACUUUUCUCAGAGCACAUGAUAUUUCCUCCUCCCAAACCUCCUCACGUUCUAUAUGCAAUUGCUUUCUUGCACAUGUUCAUCUGGAAACAACUCCUACAUAUCUUUGACCUCUUUCCUAAAACCUUCCUCAGCUUCCCCAAGGGGAGGUGGACUCCUCCCCUCAGUCCCAGCCCGUACUCCGGUGGCACUUAGUAGGUUUCUCUAUUAAGAGCAUAUCCUAGAAUUUAUGGUGAUUUGUUUGUGUUCUGGCUUCUGUACAGAACAUAAGCUGCUUGGGGGCAAGGACUGUGUCUUAAUUCAUCUUUGUGUUCCUGGAACUUAGCACUGUGAAUAUUUGCAUAAAGAGCUCUGAAAAAAUGAGAGAGGGAGAGAGGGAUUCAGAGAAAGAAUGAAGACAGUGAGGAAAUAUCUAUAGAAGGAUGUUUCCAUUAGCAGGGACAUACACAUAUAAGAAAACUAAGGGUCCUAUUCUGAUUUUCCACUCUUUAUCAUGGUAGACUGGUGGGUAAUCCAAGCAUUUCCUGAAUCUUACUGUUCCUCUUUUCACUUCUUAAUUGUUUACAUAAUCUUUUUGCCCCCUUUCUUUUCA